AUGGCAGUCAUACGCGCUAUUUAUCUGUUCGUGUUAACGCAAAUUUUGGUUAAAGGAUUAAGAUGGAAUGAAUGGUGGAAGGGCACGAUCGUGUACCAGAUCUACCCGCGUUCCUUCAUGGACUCAGACGGUGAUGGUGUGGGGGAUCUGGCUGGUAUCACGUCCCGUCUGGAGUAUUUCAACGACAUUGGGGUAAGCACCAUAUGGUUGAAUCCCGUCUACAAGUCUCCCAUGGCCGACUUCGGCUAUGAUGUGGCCGACUUCAAAGAUAUCGAUCCCAUAUUUGGUACCAUGGCUGAUUUCGAUGAGCUGAUCAGUAAGGCACACCGGCUAGGCCUUAAACUCGUGAUGGAUUUUGUCCCCAAUCACACCAGCGAUCAGCAUCCGUGGUUUGUCGAGAGCAAGAAAAACAAAGACAGCACCAACCGAUACAGAGAUUACUACGUGUGGGUAGACCCGAAGAAAAAUUGUUCAGAUCCACCAGAGAAAUGCAUUCCGAAUAACUGGGUGGGUCUGCUAGGAGGUACAGUAUGGGAGUGGGUACCAGAGAGACAACAGUUCUAUCUUCAUCAGUUCCUCAAAAAGCAGCCGGAUCUGAACCACCGUGAUCCCGCUGUUCAGUUGCAGAUGAUAGACGCCCUACAAUUCUGGCUAGAAAAAGGCAUAGAUGGUAUUCGGGUGGAUUCAAUCAGAUUUAUUUACGAAAAUGUAGACCUAGAUGAUGAACCAAUUAAUCCAGACUACACGCCGAUCCCAGGCGAGCGACCCCAGUAUAACAGCCUUAUCCACAACAAAACGGCUGAUCUCCCUGAGGUACAAGAAUUACUGUACGUGUGGCGAAGACUCUCGGAUGAGUACAGCAGGGAACACAACUACAGGCUUAUGGUGACUGAGGCCUAUGUCACUCACAAGACACUCCUCUCGUACUACGGAACCCCGGAACGACCUGAGGCAGAUUUCCCUUUCAACUUUGGUUUUAUUGAUCUCAACAAAGAGAACCUAUCAGGCAUUAAAAUACACCAACUAGUCAAUGAUUGGAUGAAGGACCUGUCACCUGAUGAGUGGCCAAACUGGGUCAUUGGUAACCACGAUAACUCCCGAAUCGCUGAUAGGAUAGGUGUUAAGUAUGCACGAGCCUUGAACGUCUUGAAUCUUCUCCUGCCUGGUACCCCGACCACCUACUACGGUGAAGAGAUAGCGAUGGAGGACAUCUGGGUCUCAUACAACGACACCCAAGACCCGUUCGCGAUCAACAACCCCGAACACUGGGAGGAGUACACACGAGAUCCCGAACGUUCUCCAUUGCAAUGGGACAGGUCAUCUCAUGCUGGCUUCAGCAAAACUACCGGGAAAGCGUGGCUUCCUGUCAACCAGAACUAUCUCUUAGGAAUCAACGUUGCUGACCAAAAGGCAGAUAACACCUCCGCGUUGGCACUCUACAAGAAAUUAGCAGCACUCCGGAAAGACGAGCCCGCCUUCCACACCAACCACCUCAAGUACGUCGUCGUGACUGAAAAGAUCUUCUCCUUCCUUCGCAUGCCCGACGAUCAAGAUACAAAGCCCGAUUCUUUCCUAGUCAUCAUCAACGCUGGUACCUCUGAGUCUACUCAUGAUUACACCGCAGCCCUAAAGAAGUUAGAGUUGAAAGCUGAGGGUGACGCUGGAGUCAUCGAAGUCAGUAGCAACAUGGAUCGCAACGGGAAAUCCCAGGGGCUGAGCAAAAUCUCGUUGGCUGCAGGCGAGGCACUUAUCAUCAAGACAUCGGUAUACGGAUUUAGCUCAGCAGUAUCUAACACUUAG